AGAUUUGUCUAUUGGACUUAUAUUUAUUCAUGAAGUAUCUAGGCAUGUUGAAGACGAGAUAAUUUAUGAUAGACACAUAGGCACCUAAUUAUCCGUGUAUACUAUCAACAUGUAGAUAAAUUAUCCAAUUUUAAAUAUUUGCACUAACUACUCGUAUGUGAUACCUACUUAAUAAUGGCGUGAGCGUUGAAAUGAUAAGUUGUGUAUUAAUUCAGUUUUAAAUUAUAUAAAGUAAUUAAAAUGUCACAAAAUACAAGCAAUAACAUGUCUAACUUAGCUUGUGUAAAUAAUAAAACUGAAGUUAGUAUGGAAAAAGAAGAAUAUGUUGUUUUUGAAGACGCUUUAGUUCUAACGGGUUUCGGCAAAUACAACUACAGAGUGUUGAUCCUUAGUGUGUACUCUCUGAUCGCAGCCAUUGCAGAAGUAUUCAGCGGAGGCAUCAUCGUAGCAGCCAGUCAGUGUGACCUUGCCCUUGGCGUUUUCGAGAAGGGCAUCAUUGGAUCUGUCCCUGUCUUGGGAGUAAUCAUAAGUGCCCACUUCUGGGGCUACCUCGCCGACACGCGUGGGCGUCUGUAUACGCUUCACAUCACAAUUCUUGGCACGGCUGCCUUCGCCUUCUUAUGCAGUUUUGCUAAUCACUGGAUAUUUCUGACCAUUACCAAGUUUAUAUCGGCUAUAUUUGGGUGUGGAACAUAUGCCGUAAUUUACACACUUCUUGGGGAGAGCACCUUACAGACACACCGGGCACGGUUCCUCUUGUACGCUACCACAGGGAUCAUGGUGGCCCAAGCUGUCAUAUGCGGGAUAGCAUACCCAACCCUGCUACUUCGCUUUUCCUACUACGUACCAUACUUGAAUAUUUUCUUCCGGCCAUGGAGACUGUUCAACCAAAUCAUCGCCUUCCUCAGUCUUCUCAAUUACAUUCUUUUCAAGUGUUAUAUUCUGGAAAGUCCCAAGUUUUAUUUUUCAAAAGGUGAACAUGACAAAGGUUUGGAAGUACUGAAAAAAAUAUUCGCUGUAAACAAUGGACGAAAUAUGGAUGAAUUUAAUGUAAAACGAAUAGUCCUGAAUGAAGAUGAGAACAAAACGAAGAGUUCUAAUUUCUUUCAAUCGGUAUGGAACCAAACUAUUCCAUUAUUUCAUAGAAAGUACAUCAAGAAAACUGUACUCAUUUUUGCUGUUAGUGUCCCAUGUUACUGCAUAGGACCUCCGUUCUCCGUGUGGAUGCCGCUAGUGUUCAACACUUAUAAAACCUUGGGAACGUCUGACAUGAGAUUCUGUGAUAUUUUUCAAGUUCAAGAUGUACAAACUAACCCAGAAAACAAUACAUUUACUGACAUGAGUCCAGUGUGUGACGACACCAUUGUCCCUUUCACAUUCAUCGCUAUCUCCAGUUACGCUCUCAUCAUGACGGCCAUCUCCAUCAUCGCAGUUAUCAUCGUCAAGUACUUCGGCAAGAAGUUCAUGUAUAUCGGGAUCCACUUACUAGGGUCCACCCUGGCCUUUAUAAUAAACGUGGUACCUAUUGACUGGAGUAUUGGAGCUUUCCUUGGCAUGAUGUGUAAUGUCGUGUGCAUGGGCGUGUGUACAAGCUAUGCUGUGGAAUUGUUCCCGACUUAUAUGAGGGCGAUGGCUGUCGGCUUAUCAAUGAUGUUCGCUAGAGCUGUUUCGUUCAUAUUUUUCAACAUUAUUGGAGUGCAACUAUUGAACAAUUGUACCAAUUUCCUCAUUUUUCUAGGCGUAUUUCUACUCGCCGGGGCAGCUCUGGGACUGUUCCUACCCUCAGACAGAAAACCAGCUGCAAAAGAACCUGAUAGUGAUUUGUAAAGGCGACCCUGAUGCAAUUUAACCGCCGCUAUGCCACUUUCUGGCAACGAUUUUGAUAGCCUCUGAAUGGGUUAAGUCAUAAUUACAUCGAAAUUUGACGUUUUUAAUAACAUUUGAACCAGUAAAUCUGUUAAAAUCUUUGCUAACUUAGGUCUAACUCUAGAAGUCCACGUGUCGAAGUCUAGUCCAACAUCCCACUUUGUCGCUUGUCAUAAAAGGACGAGGAGGUAAGCGGCUAUCUUUACACGAAUAACUGGUCAAAGCGGGGCCUUAUGGCAAGCAACAGUGGGACUUUCUGCUGGGAAGUCAUCAAGUCACACAUUUGCAAGUGCAUAUUAUCUAUUAGAUAUUUUGGAGAAUGUUUAUGUGGCUAAUUUUAGUGUCAUGCGUCCGCGCGGAGCGAUCCGCCAACUGUGCACAUUAUACCUUUGUAAUAAAAAUAAAUGAGAGCAAAUGA